AGGUGCGGUUGAUCACCAAAAACAUCUUCCAAUUCAAUCAAGUCCGCUCUAUAAACUCCAAAAUGGCUUUCUCUCUCGCCGGCGCAAAUGUUCCCGCCCUUGGUGCCGACUGGUUCAACCCCGGACUCUCUGCACGUAUGGCGGGGAAGGAGGAAGCGCCAGCGACAUUCCCUGUUCUUAAUGUCAGGAACAAUACGGCCACACCAACCCCACGAGGAAAUACUGUGAACUUGUUUAUGGAUUCCGAAUCCGACGAGAUUGAAUUUGCCGCAUCCAUCGUUUCUGUCUGCGUGGACCGGACCGUAUACGCAAUUCAAUGUACCAAGGCACCAGCAAGUAUUGGCACUGAUUGUGGUCCCGGUGGCCAGGAAAUUUUGACUGUAACUGAGGGACCGGCGAUUUAUCAGUGGGACUACACCGCGACAACUAGAACCAUGGGCUACGACGUAACUGCCUCCAUCGUCGAGUCAUGUUCCCUUGAUGGUACAACUGCGGCUACUUGUGUUGGAACCGUUGGAGGGGAGGCCGCUGGUACAAAGACGUCUGAAACCGCACACGUCACGAUCGCUAGCCCUACUUACUACCGCUUCGAUGUCGAGAUCACAGGAGGCGCUGAGAAGACCAAUAAUCCAUCACCUACCUGCGGUGCGCAGGGCGCAGCUACGAGUCUUAACGCCAGGGCGAUGGCGAUCUGGGCGUUGACUGGUACCUUUGGCGUGGCCAGCCUUCUCUCCAUGCUAUAGUCAAGUUGGAGAGGACUGUGGGACCCGAUCACUUUAAUCACCUAAUGUUUCGCAACUCCACUGCACGGAAGGACCCAUUUUGUUACUUGUUUUUAUGUAUUUAUGGAUUUCGAUACCCCCUCAAGAAUAGGAAUAGACCGUCUUUUCCCUGCUCAGCCAGGGAUCACUUAACAAUUCUCGUGCU